AUGAGGACGAUUCACGAGCGUAAGGAUGGAACGUUUAUGACACCUGCUUUCAUCAGCAGCUCUCAUGUAUUCCUGUCGGAUCCUUGCUUUUGGUCGAGUGGAAGGGUUUCAGGGAGACGGCACCGCAACGCAGUCUACUCGAAGCCCCAAAGUGGCACGGUCCGCCUGCCAACCCGCCUCGUGCUCGAAGACGCGCCGAGUCGGGAGAAGACUACCCAGUUUGAUCGCGCUGAGUUUGAUCGCUAUGUUCAAAAUACGUAUGCGCGGUAUCCGCUGACCCUGGUGAGUGGCCGCGGCUCAAAAGUCGUCGACGACAACGGGCGAACGUACAUCGACUGUGUGGCGGGAAUCGCGACUUGCUCCCUAGGCCACGCAGAUCCGAGGCUUGUUUCUGCAGUGUCGGACCAAAUUCGUCGCCUACAUCAUGUGUCGAACUUGUAUUAUACAGUAGAGCAGGCAAGUUUAGCCAAGUGGCUUGUUGAGCACUCCUGCGGCGACCGCGUGUUCUUCUGUAACUCGGGCGCUGAGGCCAACGAGGCAGCGCUCAAGCUGGUACGGAAGUACGCGCACACCCAACUCGGUUUGGAUGUGCCGGUGGUGGUCACGGCGAUGAACAGCUUCCACGGUCGAACGCUGGCGACCAUCACUGCAACAGGUCAGCCGAAGUACCAGCGCGGCUUCGAACCGUUGAUGCCGGGAUUUCGAUACGUUCCCUACAACGACGUAGCUGCACUGGAACGCGUUGUCAACGAGCUAGAGCAGAUGCGGAACUCUUGGUGGCGACGGAUCCAAGGUGCACCUCGAACUGGCUUGGCAGCGAUUAUGCUGGAGGCGUUGCAAGGCGAAGGGGGCGUCAUGCCAGGAGACCGAGCCUUUUUCGCUGCUGCUCAGCGCAUUUGUGAACGAACUGGUGCAUUGCUGGUGCUCGAUGAGGUACAGGUUGGCAUGGGGCGGACAGGUAAGCUCUUUGGCUUCGAGAAUCUCUCCAUACAGCCGGACAUCUUCACGCUCGCCAAGGGACUUGGCGGCGGAAUACCUAUCGGGGCCAUGAUCUGCAAUGCCCGCUUGCGCGAUAUCCUGCAACCUGGCGAGCACGCCUCGACCUUUGGCGGGAAUCCGCUGGCCUGUCGUGCGGGUCUCGUGGUCACUAGGGCGCUGGUCGAGGACAAUGUGCUGGAGAAUGUACGCGCUCGCGGCGCUCAGCUUCGUAACACGCUCGAGUCCCUGGCUCGUGCGUACCCUUCGGUGGUGCGCGAGACUCGUGGCUGGGGCCUCAUUCAAGGACUAGAGUUUCACGAGCCGUGCUCACCACAAUUUGUCCAAGCUGCGAUGCGUGAGGGCGUCCUGCUAGUGCCAGCAGGCCCGCGUGUUGUUCGCUUCGUACCACCCCUGACGAUAACGGAAAGCGAGCUCGAAGAAGCCAUUCAGGCGACGCGGCGAGCUUUUCGAAAUCUAUUCGGAUCCGAGUCCUGA